ACUUUCCACAGUCACAUGACCUGCAGUGAGUCACGUGAUCAGGGCUCCAUUCUCGCCAUUUUGAGUCCAGAGCACUUUUUAUACCACAGAAAUAAAAAGGCAGCGCAUCACGAGCUCCGAGGCCAAAGAUCAGACAAAACUGCCGCAUCAGAAUGGAGGACAGCAGUGGAGUUGCUGUCCUUGUGCCUCACUCUAGAGGCCAGCAGGAUACCGUCUUCAUUCCCGACAGACGUCUUCAUGGUGCCGAGGACCAGGAGCGGCAGCAGCAAAAGCAGGCUGCAGACUCUCUCAUUCAGGUCAUUGAAAAGCUCAGCAAGAUUGUGGAAAAGCGGCCCAGACGGUGUACCGUCUCUGGGAAAAAGAGACCCUUGGUGACCUGUGCUUCUGUACCUGUUCCAGACAGCAGGGACAGCACUGAAGUGGUCACCCCUUGUAAGAGAUCCAGAGAACAAAGGGAUGACCGCUCAACAUCCAGCAUUACGCCUGGGCAUGCGUUUGAACAGGAGCCUUUGAGUUUAGGCACUCGGACGGUCACAUGCUACCAGUGCAGUAUGUGCAGAUUUAUCUCCCCUACAUUGGAGCUGUUGAAAGAGCAUCUGCUACUUCAUGAUGAGCAGCACAGUGACCUUAUCCUCAUGUGCUCAGAGUGCCAGUUCACUUCAAACCAUCAAGAGGAGCUGGUGGCACAUAUAAGACUCCACCUGGAGGAGGGCGAUCAUGCCAGACACAUCCUAGAUGAGCAAGGGAUAGCAUCAGCAAGGAGCGUUCACCAAAGGAUGGCAGUUUUGAAGGCAAGCGAUUCGGAAUCAGAGAAGACGUCCACUCCCAAGAAGUGGUACAGCUUUGAGCAUGGCAGGUACCGUUGUCUCAUCUGCAACUAUGAAUGCAGACAACAACGCAAUCUGAAGACACAUGCAUGGAAACAUGCUGGCCUGGUUGAUUGCUCGUACCCCAUAUUUGAGGACGAGACGGACUGUCCUGGUACCUUACAAAGCUCCAGUCCUACUUUGGUUCCAGCAGGUAAAGAGGAUACCAAAGUCGUCCUCGCAGCUUUUGGAGGAAAACCUCAGACCAUUCAUGGCUCCUCCAGCCUCCAGCUAGAGCUGUGUGUUUCACCAGAAGUGAGAUGUCUUGGGGAGGAGGAAGCUUUGAAAACAGUGGAGAACAAACUCCCAAUGAUCAGUCAAGCGUUUUCUCUUAAAGUCCCAGAGGAGCCUUUGGUGGAGGUCCAGAUGACACCAGAAGCCCAAAUGGAGCUGGAAUUGGAGACCGAGAACCAACAGGCAAGCUCUGACAGCCUCCUGUCCUCUGCGCAGAAGAUUAUUAACUGCAGUGGCAACAGUUCCGGCCACGUCAACGUCAUCGUGGAACGCCUUCCCUGUGCCGAGGAACCGGUGUCCAGCAAACCUUUGCUCCUCAGCCCAGAAGUAGGAGGAGACAAGACCCUCCUUGCUGCUGAGGAGUCAGAGCUAGAGAGCCAACACAUAUACUACAAACAAAAGGAGGAGGUUGUGAUCACCUGGAAUGGAGUAGAUCAACAACAAGAGGAAGAGUCAGUGUCUUCAAGUUCUCCCUCAGAUGAAAACGUGCCACCGGUUCGGAGGAGGACUUACUCGGAGUCUCUUCGGCUGCAUUCUUUGGCAGCCGAGGCAUUGGUGGCCAUGCCCAUGAGGACCCCAGAGCUUAGCAAAACCACUGCAAAAGGUAUCCAUGACCCGAGUACUCAAAGCCCUGACACAGGCCAGGGAAUUAUAGAGAUUGCUGACAGUGCCACCCCUAAGGUGUCCUCGGGAGAGCUCACGGCUGCUAUUGGGGAUCCAGUUGCUCUUCUCAAUCUUGGCCUCCAUAGUUCAAAAGAUUCUCGAGAUGUGCUGGUCAAGGGACCCUCCAAAGCUGGAAUCAGCAUGUCUCUUUUGACUGUCAUUGAGCGACUGCAAGAGCGUUCUGACCAAAACACUUCAGACGAGGACAUUCUGAAAGAGUUGCAGGACAAUGCCCAAAGCCAACAUGGAGGUGGAGUUUCUGGGGGUGCUGCUGUGCCUGGCGAUAUUUCCACUACAGACGGUCUGGUGGAUUAUAUUGCUGGGAGCGAAAGGCCCUACCGCUGUCGACUCUGUCUGUACAGCAGCGGAAACAAAGGUUACAUAAAGCAGCACCUACGUGUUCAUAGACAAAGAGAACCCUAUCAAUGCCCAAUCUGUGAGCAUACAGCCUGUGACAGUAAGGACCUAGAGAGUCACAUGAUCCACCACUUCAAGCCUCGCAUGUACAACUGCAAACAGUGCACCGAAAGGUUCCACUACAAGAGUCAGCUGAGAAACCAUGAGAGAGAUGGGCAUGGGAUAGAUGACAUCAGCAGCACAGUGACCCACGUCACUGAAAGCACAGCAAUCAUUGAAGAGCCAGUCAAGAUAACAGAUGAUGAUUCGGUCGGUGAGCAGAGCGUUUUCAAAUGUGAUGUGUGCAACUACACCAGCUCCACGUAUGUUGGGGUGCGCAACCAUCGGCGAAUCCACAGCUCUGAUAAACCAUACAGGUGCUGCAGCUGUGAUUUUGCCACAACUAAUAUGAAUAGCCUGAAGAGCCACAUGAAGAGGCAUCCACAGGAACACCAAGCCAUGCAGCUGCUGGAGCAGUACAGGUGCUCUCUGUGUGGUUACGUGUGCAGCCACCCACCAUCUCUCAAAUCCCACAUGUGGAAACAUGCAGGAGAUCAGAAUUACAACUAUGAGCAAGUCAACAAGGCCAUCAAUGAGGCCAUUUCCCAGAGCAGCCGAUCUCCUGCUGCACCUCUAAAGUCAGCACAUGAGACUGUCUUGAACAGAAAAGACAAACCGGAGGGUAACCCCGUGAGGUCGCAGGCCGGUGGAGCUGUGCCGUGGCAGAGCGGCUCGGGGCAGACACGGCCAGGUAUGGAAUACUGUGUGCUGCUCUUUUGCUGCUGUAUCUGUGGCUUCGAGUCCAGCAGUAAAGAGCAGCUGAUGGAGCACAUGAAGCAGCACGAGGGAGAUCUGAUCAGCAUCAUACUGAGCAAGGAGCAGCAGGGAAACCAGCCCACAGAGACCAACAGCAGCCAGUGACGCACACCUUUUCAUACACACUGUUCUUCUGUCAUUUCUGCUUGAACAGGCAACAUGCACAAUUCAAAACUUUUUUUUUAUUUCUGUCAAUCUAUCUUUGUAUUGACAUUAGUUUCCGUGGUUACCGUUAUUGACCAUGUGUGAAUCAAAUAGUUAACAAACGAAAAUGUAGUACGUUAGUAGUUCAGCAGAGGAAAGGGUUUUUAGAUUUCAAAGCCAUCGUAUACCUCAUCUGUUGAUAAUCUACAAUAUGAAGUCCACACAUGAAAAUGAGGCAGCUUCUCCAGUUCACUGUAAUAUUAUUUAUAUCUAUAUUUCUUAUGUGCGUUUACUUUUAAGGCAGCACUUGCCAUGUCACAUUUCGAGUGUAGAGAGGCAGAUUUCUUUUGUGCUCUCUAAUGUGUGUCAGUGUUUGCUUUGAUAUUUAUCAAACUAACUUAUUUUAUAUGCAUGUUCCCCUCCGUUAUGUUCAUACAAAAUGAGAAAAUGUUUCAAGUUACGGUCUAAUUAUGGUGCUAUUGGCGAAAUAGAAAACAUCAUUUUUUCUUAAAAUUGUAUAGAAAUGUUAUAUAUAAUGAAUUGAAAUGUGUUCUCAUUGAAACAGCACAAGUUUAAAAUUGGACCUAUUUAAAAAUUAAUAAUUGGAAACAUGCAGUAGAAAAAAAAAAUAGCGAAAAAAGGAUAGAUGUAUAGAUUAUUUACUAUUAUUUUUAUUAUUAAACAUACAUAUUGAUAUAUCAAGCUUUUAAAAAAGUUCAAAUGCCAACACUUGAAGACAGUUUCUUCACUUUAUAUUUUUAUAGUCGUCUUUCUUUUCUGUUAUGAAUGUUAUUGCAGGAUGUUUUUGUUUUUAUCUGCUGUAAUGAUAGAAAAGCUAUAAUUACAACUGGGUAAUGGGUUCAAAUUGAAAUGUAUCCAUAAAAAGAAGCACUAGUUUAUAGGGUUGUCACAAUACCAGCUAUAGUAUCCUUAUACUAUGUACAUACACCACUGUACCUCUAUUGCUGUGUAGAUCCAAAGGAUGUUUAUUAUAGUUUAUGAACUAUUAUUAUAGUUUAAUAUCCUUCUGAAUGUUUUGUAGUGCAGUUCUCGCUGAAAGCCCAAGGGAGUCAAAGUCAAAGUUUAAUCUUGUACAUUUAUAUCUUUUAUAAUGAAUUUGAGCAUUAUAAACAAACCCUAUAAGUUUCUGAAGUCUUCAAUAUUUAGUUUUUUCUUUUCUUUAUAAGACCGUGUCAAAUUACAAAGUAAUUCUUCUUAAAUUCCCAUAUUGUGUUGCACUUUCUGUGUGAACAGCUCCUGAAGCACUGGACUUAAACACAUGCCAUUGCUGAAUAUGAGCCAUGGUUGCCGCUUCACAGCGGAGUUGAGCUUAAAGGGUUACUACACCCCAAAAUGAAAAUGGUCAUUAAUCACUUAGCCCCAUGUCAGU